AAUAUUUCAUUAAACUUAUACAUAUGAGCAGAAAUCACAGUAGUUUAAUGAAUUAUAGAUAAUAUAAUAAUAAGAUGUGUCACUUUGAGUAAUAUUCACAAAACUGUUAUUCAGUAUUGUAUUUAUUAACAAAAUCUAAUAGCUACUUUCAGAUCACCAUAUUAGAAACCAAAAUAUGUUAUUGUGGUGGUUAUUGAAUCUUAUGAUAAUUAUUCCUGGAAUCGAUAUGCUACCUUACCGGACAGACAACAAGUAUGUAAACAACUUCCAAGAUUAUGAUAGCAACAACAACCUGGAUGGAUAUUGGGAUGAGAUAACACCCAAUUCUCAAAUGGACAAUAUGAGAAAUAAAUAUAAGACAAACAACUUACAAUACUUAUAUACAGCGCCAGAUUAUUCUAGUUCGGUUGUGGCCAGUUCUUUCAAACCAAUGAAUGAAGAUAUAGUACAACAAGGUCAACAGAGAGUACCGUAUAAUGUGGGUGAAAUGGAAGAAAUGGAUGGAGCGGAUACACUAAAAAGUCCGUCUGAUGAUGAUAGUGAAGACAAAUAUCGCCGCUUAGAUUCAUUAGAGAAAAUCUCCGUAUACUAUUAA